UCUUUGUUUUUUUUAUUGUUUGAUAUGUGGUAUCAUGGCAGCUCUUAUCAUUACUACAUGGUUUCGUCUGUUUGCAAUGAUCUGGGUGAUCUGAGAUACUUCUUGCUUGAAGUCAAAGACUAGGAUGUUUUAAACAAAUGAUAAGCAGCCUACUUUACCCCCAAAUCAAACUGUUUUUAGUCACUGUCAGCAAAAAGUCUUGUAUAAAUGUCUUAAACUAUCUUCAAUCAGUGCCAGGUCAAACUCUGAACCAUGAAGAACAAGCCCAUAUUUAGUGAAUGCAGUUUACAGUGUAAAAUGCAUUCACACUGAAAGUGUUAUGUUAGCCUAAUCAUCCUGCUUUGUGUUUGGGCCAAUCUGAUUAGCCCUGCAUGUAUGUGUCACACUGGGGUGGUAACUUUAAAGACAGACAGGCCUUUCUGCACAGUUCCUCCCAUCUUCUCUGACUAACAGGCAGAUAGCAGGAAAAUAAAGUGUCUGCACCUACCUUCACCUAUCACUCUCAUCUUUUACUCUUGAACACACUGGAGACUUGACAAAAUGAACCCACUGCCGCUGGCCUGGCUUCUACUGACAGCUUUCUUUUGGACAAUUGGUUCGAGCCAGAUCCUGUCACAAGAACCCGUCAAAGUUGCUUACCCUGAGAUCAACAGUAAUGAGAAUAUUGAAUGUGACUGUGGUAAAUUCACCUGUGACGCUGUCCUCUGGUUCCGAACUGUUCCCAGUGAUGGCAAAAUAGAGUUUCUAGGCAAAUCCAACAAUGCUGACCGUGUUAGCUAUGGGUCUCUGGAAAAGGCACAUCAGGCUCGCCUCAAGUUAAGCAAGAGGGGCAGCUCGGCCUUUGUCCUCCGCAUCAUCAACGUGACCAAAGAGGACGCAGGGAUUUACUCUUGUAUCCUAACAUCCACAAGAGUAUACCUAGACACACAGUUUAACCCUGGAACUGUUUUACGGCCGGGAGAGACCCGCCCAACCUUACCUCCAGUCACAAAGGCUAAACCCAAACCCAGCUGUCCCUGCAAUCGGAAGAAUCCCCCACAGGAUGGCUGUCACUCUCUGGUUUUUUGGCCGCUUGUUGGAGUUGUUGCGGGCUUGGGUCUGGGUCUUCUCUGUACGCUGCAUUACUUCAGCCGAUUGCCCAAAAAAUGUCAUCAUCAUUUUGUGAAAAGAGGCUGAUGAGCUAAGGCAGUUCAUUUUCCACUUUUAUCGGACAUGCUGCAUCGCUUUACAGAAGCCUUACAUUGUUUGGAGACUGAACAUCGUGAGGCACCCUGAAACAGUUUCUUUUUGAAGGAGAAUGUGUCCAUAGCCUGAGGCCGGACACUGUUUUGUAACAUAUUGUCAUAUAUUAGGAACUUUCUGCUGUAUAUUCAUUUCAUAAGCCAGACCUCUUUUCAUCUAGAAUGCGUCUGUUACUGAUUAGCAUGUUGAUUUUAUCAUUUAGGAAUUUCGCCAUGAACUGAAGAAAUCACAUGUUUAAUUUUGUUUGAUUAUUGUUCCAUCUGGAUAAAAAAGUGUAGCAUUUCUAUCUAGGAAAAAGUAAUUAUUUUCCAAACAACAAUCCCCAAAAUAAGCAAAAUAUUAUCUGCAAUCUUAUUGUUUGAGAUGCUCAUUUCUACAAUGUUUUCUGCCUUGUGUAUUUAUUUGUGUUUCUGUGACGUUAUUGCAGAAAUGUUGUAUUUUGGCAAAUGAAUCUCAGAGAUAAAAAUGCAUGUUUUUUUUAUCUGUAAUUGUAAUUUUGUUGUAAGUAAUAAAGUUAUAGAUUUACAACUAA